AUGGCGCUUUGCAAGGUGCUUUUCUUCGCCACUCUGCAGCUGGCCAGCUGCAUCGGUGAACCCGAGCUGCAGCAGUGGCUUUACAAUACCGAAGGCUUGGACCUUUCCAGGUCAGACUCAGAGUCCGUGGCCCACAAGGAGGCACCCAUCCUGACCGCUUGCGGAGUGAGCCUGGACGACCUCAAGCAGCUCAGGAGUGUCUUGUACUCCACGUCUUACCUGGAUUUCUCCAAGCAGGAGUUGAAGGACCAGCUCCUUGACCUGGCAAAGCAGCACAUCGAUCCAGAAACCCUGAAGCACAUGUACACCAAUUUGUACAGCACCUCAAGCGUCGAUUUGCCCAAGGCUGUGGCGAAAUCUACUUCUCUGGAGCUCAUGAAGGCCUACGCCCAGCCAGACCAGGUCAAAGAACUCUAUGGUGUGCUCUACAGCACGACCGGGGUGAACCUCCCGAAGAAGGACGCGCAGGCGAGGGCACUGGAGCUUGCCAAGGCCGGCGCCGACCCUGUUGCCCUCAAGAACUCCUAUGCCAGCGCCCACGGAACCAAGGAGCAAAUGCUGAAGACGGCUUCGGACUCUGCAGUGCGCGCAAACCUGAACUACCAGGAAAAGCGCUAUGCCAAGGAUGGAAAAGCCUACAAUGCAGAUGGGUUUCAACAGUACUACGGCGCCAACUACCUGAAGGAAUGGAGCGAUGCACCGUCGGACAAGCGCAUCGCCCCUGACUCCAAGGCAUACAGCGCAAGCCAGUUCCGCAUGUACUUCCAGGGCUCCUGGGAAAGCAAAUGGGAGGCUGCUCCUGUGGCUACGCAGAUCCGGCUCGCAAAGGACGGCCACCACUACACGAUCCCUGAGUUCCAGUCCUACUACAAGGACACCUGGCAGAGCGAGUGGGAGGAGGCCCCGGAGCUGAUUUGCAAGGAGUGCAAGGCGGCGACUUUCCUUGUCUGA